AUGACAGACGCUUAUAAUAAGUACCCAAAGGAAUCGGCUGGGACACUCAUAGGGAAUUGGUAUGAAGAAAGAGAACUGCGUGAUCUCACAGGCCAUGGACGUAACUACCCCAUGCACCAUGUUCCUAAAAAAGAAGGCGAACCUGCAGCCUUGCGUGACCGUGAUGGGACGGAUACAAGAGUUCAUGGAACCUCCUGGGAAGAAAAGCAUGACACUAUGAAUCAUAAUUAUGGGGCAACUACAAACCCAGCUGAUCAGCUUAGAAAAGUAGGAAGAAGGGAAGAGCUUAUGAAGGCCCAAAUCCAUCAAGCAAUUUCAAAUGAAAUCAAGCAAAAAACUGACGAAGAAGAAGUGCUAACUCACCUCUGUCGGCGAACAAAAAUUUCCUUUCUCAAAAUUUAAAAAAUCGGAAAGCAAAUAUGUAUUGAAUUGGUAAAAUUUAUAUCUAAAAGUGCAAUUAGCUAAAAAUUUCAUUAUACUAAUUAUUACUUAUUCAUAAAAAAAUUUUAUAUUAAAAAAAUUUUUUGUUCGCUCACGGCUUUGUAAAAAAAUAGGGAUUUUUCCAAUGGUUUUGCUUGCUCAUGGAGGAGGAGCAAGAAAUACGAGGAUUUUUGAGACCACCACACAAGGCACUUUUGGAUGGCAAGUUCCGAAUGAAAAAAUCGGGAAAAGGGUGAUGAAAACUCAAGAUGGAGCUGAAACUGAAGCAAAUGACGAAGUUUGGGCGGUGGAGCAUGGGAUUAGGGUACCAAAACCGAGAAGGCCCCUAGAGCAGCUUGAAGAAGAGGUGAUUCGUGCACAACAGCCUAUAACUCUGUACUCAGAUACUUUGAAGCAAGAAAUAUUCCCAGUUUCAGCCACCAAAGGGCCCAGUCCAUUUGCUAGGUCUUGUGGAUUUACUCAGCCAAUCCAGCAGACAAGAGGUGCGAAUGGAUUUCAAGGCAACGUUUAG